AUGAAAGCAGUCAUAUUUGUUUUGGUUCUUAUCGGUUGGGUCGGAGUUCAAGUUCAUGCAAAAAUUUAUUUGUCAUGCGAACUUGCAAAAGAAUUGGGGUCUAGUACUAUUGAACGGCAUUUAAUCCCACAUUGGAUAUGCUUGGCACAAGCAGAAAGCCAAAUGAAUACUUCAAAAGUCGUGGAUAUGCCGAAUAAAUCAUCAAAUUAUGGUAUUUUUCAGAUCAACAGUAAAGAUUACUGCAGUAAAGACAGAAAAGGUGGACUUUGUAAUAUCAAAUGUUCAGAUUUACUCGAUGACAACAUUAAGGAUGAUAUAAAAUGCGCAAAAGAUAUCUUUGCACGUGAUGGAUUUAAAGCUUGGAAGGGGUGGGUCAACAGAUGUAAAUCGACAAGCACAACAGAAAAGAAUAAUGCGCUUCCUAAUCUCAUCAAUUGUCAAUAUAAAUAA